AUGAGCAAACCUCGGAAAACCCCCGUGCCGCUCCCAGGCUCCAAGACGAAAACAUCCAUAACAGCCCCCAGCUCCAAGAAAACGCCUAUACCCGUACCUACAUCCAAGACUCCGAAGAGCAAGACCCAACUAAGCAACGAGCUUGUUAAUGAUAGCGACGACUCUUCAGAUGAGGCCAUAGAACAACUCAACGCGACACAACAGAAGGCGCCAAUCAAUAUCGCAGUGCAUAGACCGAAGGCGAAUGGCGUAGCUAAAUCAUCGCAGGAAGCGAAGACGAAGCAGAAAGAUACCCCAAAGAAAGCGAAGAAGGACGCUCCGGUUUCAAAGAACCCUGCGCCGAAACAAAUAACGAUGGAAGAAGAGGCCGCCUCCAGCAGCUCGGAAGAGAGCAGCGACGAUGCGGAAACAGAUAUAAAGCAAGCGCAGCAGCGGGAGGCGCAAAGGAAGGACGAUAGUGACAGUAGCUCAGAAGAUACGAGUGAUGAAUCGGAGGAAGAGGGAGCUCCAGCAGCACAGCGUACGGAGACUCGACUAGCGCAAUCACAAUCUCAGACCGUUACAUUCCAACAAGCGCGACCUUAUAUUCCCCCGGAAGACUUCAAGGCUGCAUCUACAGAGCGAGCAGCUUCCUCGGCCAAUGCAAACAUAUUCAAGAACCUCAACGGGAAGCAGCUAUGGCACAUCACAGCACCGGAAGAUGUAUCGCUUAAGGACCUCACAAGAUUGGUAAUGGACAAGGCACAGCAUGGCAAGGCUGUACUCGAUUACAAAGGCACAAGCUACGGUUUCUCGCCGGCAGAAGUGGGCACGGGCGAGCGGGAAGUCAUGAUCCCUGUUGCAAAUGGCUACAAAGCAGUACCUACGAAAAUCGUUCAGAGCUUCAACAUGCAGCAGGUCAUCAACCUGCCAAAGUUGACGUCACGACAAGCCGAUCAGAACACCGGUUCGGAAGCCGCCGCAUCAAUAACAGCGUCGACUAUCCGAGCUGUGAAGCCCCAGGUCAAAGGCCUCAAGAUGCGCUUCUUCCCCUCUGGUUUUGAGGACUCUGCACCAACAACAUUAGGUGAUUCGGACGACGAGGACCGCGUGCCAGUGCCUGCUGGCCUAGGUGUACCCGAAGGAUUCGACCCACCAACGAGAAAGGAGAAGAAGCGGAAGCACGAUCAGAAUAACGCAGGCGAGGAUGCGGAAUCGUCUACGAAGAAGCACAAAAAGCAUAGGUCAGCCGAAGAGCAGCAACAGAGAAUUGAAAAGAAGGCCAAGAAGGAGAAGAAGAAGGAGAAGAAGAAGGAGAAGAAGUCGAAGUCCUGA